UGUGAUAUAGCAGACAAAAUUUUCUAACCUCAAAGACGUUUUAACAAGAGGCGAAAAGAGCCAAAAGUUAAAUAGUGUAAAUAGUGUUAAUUUAUUGAUUGAAAAAUAUAAAUAAUAGAAUAAUUAAUAAACACAAAUUAUACCAAAAUGUCUGUACAACUCACUGGGAAUGUAGGAUCCGAAGAAAUUAAAACAUUUCGAGAAUUUCUGAUGAACUACAAUAAAUUAUCGGAAAUUUGUUUUGUUGAUUGUGUGAGUGAUUUUACCAGUCGUGAUAUUAAGAAGAAAGAAGAAAAAUGUGCUCUCAAUUGUAUGGAGAAAUUCCUAAAAAUGAAUCAAAGAAUUUCACAAAGGUUUCAAGAAUUUCAAAUGCUUGCUAAUGAAAAUAUUCUAGCGGCCGAGAAAAAAUUGGCUCAAAAUAAAUAAACUAUUCUAAGUUGAUUGAAGGUAAUAUGUAAAAGGCUGUUGUAAAAAUGUAUAUUAAAAAUUCUGAUUUUA